CUAAAAAAUAGGAUUAAAAAAAAAAAUUGGAGUAUAAAUUCCAAGAAUGGCAAUACUCGUAAUUUUUAAUUGGAAUUGUUACAGAGCUACUGAUCUAUGGAAGCGGGACUGCUUCCCCUUAUCUCUACUCUCUCUUCCUCGUGGAGCUGCCCUCCUACGCGCCAUCAAUCCCGUUUCCUCUCAAAAUUUCGCUCCGUUCAAUUCGUAUCUUCGUUAUCUCCUCCUCCUCCUCCUCCUCCAGCGUCUUCCGGGGCUUUUAAGGUGCCGAUGCCUCGCCGGAAUCCGAUCGCCGAAUGGGUUUUCGGCAACGAUGGGGUGGCCCGGAUUGUUCCCAUCUUCACCGGAGGGACCUCUCUGAUCUUGGUGCUUCUCAACCGAACCUUUUCUGGCAUUGCCCCCGUGGCCGAUGCGUCGAGUUCACAAUCGAGGGCAGAUAUACUGACCCUUGCUCUGGCAGUAACCAAUCUUCUUACUGGACUUGUUUGGUUGUCAAUCCAACCAAAAAAUAUUUCUUCGGUUGCUCCUCAUGGUAUAGAAUGCAGAUGGAUUGAUUCUGCUCUUCCUGAAUGUUCAGCUACUGAGUUGUUAUGGGCAUGGGAAUCUCUAUCAACUGCAACAUGUUGCAGAUCUUUCGUUGUUGUGCAUGGUGGAAAUUGUUUGCUCCAAGUAGGUGUUGCAGCAGAACCUUCAACUGAAAAUGGUGGUGUAUCAACCAUUGACGUACCUAGGUUGACUCAGGGGUCACUUUAUAGAACUGUCGUGGAAUCAGGAAAGCAAAGCUAUUUGGCCAACCUUUCUCUCUAUCCUGGGAGAACAGAACUACCCUUCUUACCAUCAAACACACAGGUUAAUAUAAGCGGCGUCGACGGCCUCCUCUACUCCGCUGACGGCGAGACAGGCGAGAUGGCAAUUCUUGACGCCGCCGACAGUGAGACCAGCGGGAUGGCGAUUUCUGGAGUUUGA